GUACAAAUUGUGUAAAAGAAAGUGUAUGACAUUGUGAAGUUUCUUACAUUAUAUUAAAUAAUCAGCGAGAAAGUUUUACAUAUUGGAAUGAUAAUGAUUUGAUUAUAUGCGUAAUUAGUGAGUUUUCUAAAGUAUAUGGUAUCUGAGAUAUUUGGAUAAUCAUAAUAUUGAAAUGGUAUCUAAAAUGAAUAAGUAAAGUGGCGCUCGAUAACGUUGGACCGAUCACAUCUACCGAAUAAUUGCAAAUAAAAUAAAUCGUCGUGGAUGAUCAGUCACUCAAAUUCUAAUCUCCUCCAUAAGACUUAGAGAAGAAGCGGCCGGGUUUAUUUAGCCAAUGAAGGCAGAGGUAAACUCAGAGUAUGAAGCUACCCAAGGUAGAAUUCGCACCGCUACACGUGCCCUUGGAACGGAGACUCCAGACCCUCGCAGCUGCCGCUUGGUUCUUCGUCAGCGCGUUCGGUGGUCCACUCUCCUGGUGCGUGACAAUCCUCACUUUACUAUUCGGACGCCAGUGGUUGAGGAUCAUCUUCGUCUGCUACCUCCUCUUCGCUUACUACGAUCAGGACACGCGACUCAACGGGGGCCGAAGGAAAUCAUUGUAUUUGCGAUUUAGGAAUUUUAUAUGGUGGCAUUACUUCUGCAAUUAUUUUCCUAUUAAAGUAGUAAAAACUGUUGAUCUUGAUCCAACGAGAAACUAUCUUUUUUGUUCAUUUCCACAUGGUGUUUUAGCAACUGGCGUGACCGGUGCUUUUGCAACAAAUGGUAUUAACUGCGCAAAAAUAUUUCCUGGAUUGGAUUUUAGACUUUUAACACUCGACCAACAUUUUCAAACGCCACUCUUUAGAGAAUAUGUUUUGAGUUUCGGCGUAUGCAGUUGUAAUGCAGAAAGUAUAAAUUAUCUUUUAUCGACAAAACCAACGGAAAAUGAUGGGCCCACCGAAGAUCCGGUGCAAGGACGAGCUGUUAUCCUAAUUGUUGGUGGCGCUGCAGAAGCUUUGAAGUCCAAACCACAUACUUACAAUAUAUUGGUGAAAAAAAGAAAAGGUUUCGUGAGGAUCGCACUGAAAAAUGGAGCACCACUAGUACCAGUUUUCUCAUUUGGAGAAACGGAUCUUUACGAUCAGUUCCAUAAUCCAGAAGGAUCUCUUUUAAGAAAGUGCCAAGAUUUUAUAAAGAGAGUUACAGGAAUCGCACCAGUUAUUCCAAUCGGUCGUGGCUUCUUUCAAUACUCAUUUGGUUUAGUACCGAAUAGAAAACCAAUUCAUGUAGUAGUGGGAAGUCCUUUAGAGAUUCCAAAAAUAGAAAAUCCAACUAAUGAAGACGUUGAUAAAUAUCAUACAAAAUUUACUGAAAAACUUAUCGAACUAUUUGAAAUACAUAAAAGUAAAUAUAUAAAAGAUUAUGAAAAUGUUUUCCUAAUCUUAGAUGAUAAAUAGUACGAUUGAUUAUUUUUCUCAUAUUGAAGCUUGUACGAUGUACAAAAAAAUAAUUUAAUAAAUAUUAU